CUGCCAUUACGAAAAAAUACUAAUAGUUUUCACUCCGAUCAGUGACUUAUUUAUGAAAAAGUCAUAUAAAUAUCCAUCCCCUUAUCAAAUCAAAUCUAUUUCUCUUCACCGUGUGUGUCCAACUCAGUAGUCAACACUAGGCACUCUCUAUUCCCAUUCAUUGCAGAAGAAGAUGGAGGCUCACCCCUACGUCCCACGCGAUUUGCACUUACCCGGCUACGCUCCCUGCUUCCUUUCCAUGUCCAACAUUCUUUCCGUCUUCGCCUCCUCCUCAUUGCUCAUCGUCACUCUCGUCUGGAUCUUCUCUGGACGCUUUAAGAAAACCAAAGUUGAUAGAGUGCUGAUGUGCUGGUGGGCCUUCACAGGUCUCACACACAUUAUUCUUGAGGGUUAUUUUGUUUUCUCUCCUGAGUUUUUCAAGGAUAAAACUGGCUUCUACCUGGCUGAAGUUUGGAAGGAAUAUAGCAAAGGGGAUUCAAGGUAUGCAGGAAGGGAUGCAGGGGUAGUUACUGUUGAAGGAAUAACAGCGGUUUUGGAGGGUCCAGCUAGCCUUCUAGCAGUAUACGCUAUAGCUACUGGGAAGUCAUAUAGCUACAUACUUCAGUUUGCCAUUUCUUUGGGCCAGCUAUACGGAACUGCUGUUUAUUAUAUAACAGCAAUCUUGGAAGGUGAUAAUUUUUCUACAAACUCGUUUUACUAUUAUGCAUACUACAUUGGAGCAAAUGCCUCCUGGAUUGUAAUACCCUUGAUCAUUGCCAUCCGCUGCUGGAGGAAGAUCUGUGCAGCAUUUCGAGUUCAAGGUGGCCAGACAAAAAAGCCUAAAGUUCGUUGAAGGAAACAUUUUCAGGUUAUUGGUCUUAGAGAUCCUGAGCUAAUAAUGAUGUUUUGGGGUAGUUGAGAUAGGAGAGAUUGUUGUAAGAAUUGUGACAUUGAUUCUCUUAAACUGCAUAUCUCAGGGAGAAAAAAAAAUCCCAGUGUCAUUUGAGAAGGUGAUGUUUUUAAUUUUAAGUUUUGAAUAAGUAUUUUCCUAUCAUUGAUUUGAAAUUGAAUAUUGAAUGUUAGCUGGCAGAUGCUAGAAUAUAGACACCAGCGCUUUUGCUCUUUGUAGCUACACUUGUUUUCCUUAAUUUUCAUUUGGAAAGAAAAAAUAAAUGACCUCAGUGUUGUGUUUUA